CGUCAUCUGCAUCACUUUUUCUUUUUCGGGUGCACUGCCGCUGCCCAUUAUUGUGAAAUAGUUAGGCUAGAGUUUAGGUAGCGUUAUACCGUUGUUUUCGUUAGUGUUUUAUUUUAUAGUUUUAAAGCAACAAAUUCAGCCAUGGGACAGCACGUUUCGCGCACCGAUUUCGAGUGGACGUACACGGAGGAGCCGCACGCGAGCCGGCGAAAGCUGAUCCUGGAAAAGUACCCGCAGAUAAAGAAGCUGUUCGGCUGCGACCCGCAGUUCAAAUGGGUCGCGAGCGCGAUGGUCCUCACCCAGCUCGCGAUGCUGUUCGUGGUGCGGGACCAGUCGUGGAAGGUGGUGUUUCUGCUGGCCUACUGCUUCGGUGGCGUGAUCAACCACUCGCUCAUGCUGGCGUGCCACGAGAUUGCCCACAAUCUGGCGUUCGGGCACGCGCGCCCGAUGGCGAACCGGUUGUUUGGCUUCUUCUGCAACCUCCCGAUCGGGUUGCCCAUGUCGGUGUCGUUCAAGAAGUACCACCUGGAGCACCACCGCUACCAGGGCGACGAGGUGAUCGACACGGACCUGCCCACCUACCUAGAGGCGAAGCUGUUCUGCACCACGCUGGGCAAGUUUUUCUGGGUCUGCCUGCAGCCGCUGUUCUACAUCUUCCGGCCGCUGGUUGUGAAUCCGAAGCCGCCGCAAAAGCUCGAACUGGUGAAUGGCGUCAUACAGCUCGCCUUUAACACGAUCGUGGUGCAGUACUUCGGGUGGAAGGUGAUGGUGUACCUGAUCGUCGGGUCGCUGCUGGCGAUGGGCCUGCAUCCGGUGGCGGGCCACUUCAUCUCCGAGCACUACAUGUUCGCGAAGGGCUUCGAGACGUACUCGUACUAUGGGCCGCUCAACUGGAUCACCUUCAACGUGGGCUACCACAACGAGCAUCACGAUUUUCCGGCCGUGCCCGGCCGGCUGCUGCCCGAGGUGAAGCGGAUCGCGCCCGAGUUCUACGACAACAUCCCGCAGCACACGUCCUGGACGCGCGUGCUGUACGAUUUCAUCACCGAUCCGUCCGUCGGCCCGUACGCUCGCAUCAAGCGUAAAGCCCGCGGACUAGAUUCGUAAAUCGAAUUGAUAUUAAGCCGCCCGCUCCCGCCCCAUCUCCUCCCUCCCCACUGUUUCACAAUCCCCCCAGGUCUAACGAGCGUAAUGCAACGCAUGUUGUUUGCAUUGAGAUGGAGGCGUGUGACGAUAUAUAUAUAGACAAUUAAUAUUCUCUACCGAAAAGGAAUCUACCUGUCUGCCAUGGGCGGACCAAACCACACAAACAACACUACACAACCAGAAAUACGCAGAAAGGACGAAGCAAACAAACAAUAUAACAACAACAACUACUACUACUACCAGAGUAAGCCUAUAAACAAACGAAUGGACUUUUUUGCUUAUAACCUUAAAGAGCAUUGAUACAAUGUUGACUAUAUUAAUGAUAAUGAACCCCCGCGAGAGUAUACUGUGUGCACCGGCGGCGUGUAUGACGUAUGUAGUAUGUGUAAUAUUGUAUAGAAACGAAACAUUGCUGGCGACAAAUGGAAAAAACACUAGGAAAACUAAUUGUAAAUCGAAUCGAAUGUUUGUGAACACAACACAAAAAUGUCUCAGAUAAAGAAAAGGGAAAGGGCAAAUAUUAGGGCACUGGCACCGCCGGAUGGCAAUUGUAAAGAACCGACAAAGGAUUGGUUUGUGGAGGAAGGCUGUCCCGUCGUUGUUGUCGGGCAUUCUAUUACCUUUCUCUUAUAAUAACGAUUGUUUAUCAUUUUGAUUCAAUGUUGGUUCAAAGCCUUCGUGUGCCGGCUUGGUUUACAAAUUAAAUUAAAAAAGCACGUAAUAUCCCAAGCUACAUCACCAAGCUAAUCGGAGCGAGCACGUGUUGGAGCGUGCAGAAGGAAUAAUGCGUAAGAUUCGAUUAAAUUUGUUCCAACAAAAAGAAAUAUUUGAUGUGUGUAACAAUAAAAUAAACCAAAACUAAAGUAUUGCAAUGCGCGAUCGACAUCAGAGUUGUGAUGCAGAGGGAGGAAUGCGAUCAUAAAAUAAGUACAGGGAAGAGAGAAUAGAAACAGCUACAAAACAAACGCGUGUGUUAACGGAUGAUUGUGUGUUUCCAUGCCUUUCCAUGUUUUUUGAUAUUGCUGCUUUGCAAAUUACGAAAGCGCGCGCCCGUGUUUAUGUGUGUGUUUUGCGCGUGGAACCGCUUCCACACUGCACUCCCUUUUCAGGCGCAGCACGCAUUACUUAGGAUUCGAUGGAUUGUUUUUAAUACAUGUGUACUAAUAAUAAGCCCUACGAGGAUGUUGCUUACAAAAAACAGCAGACGAUUAUUACAAUUAUUGUACUGUAUUGUGUCAAUAAAUCAAAGAUAUCGAAAUCAGUCA